ACUUGCCAAGUGUGUAAAGUUGAGAAUGAACUGAAAUCGGUGAGCACAAGACGCUGCCUGACCUGCUGUGUAUUUCCGGCAUUUUCUGUUUUUUAUAAAGAGCAAGAGAUCUCUGAGUAUACAGAGCGAGAGAACGGUUUGAUACGAGGUUUAUCCAUCUCAGCACCCACGCUCAACAUCACGGGAACGGAGUACUCCAUCACAGUGAGUGACACCCUCUCCAUAUCAUGCAGAGGUCAGAGGCCCCUGGGCUGGACUUGGCCAGGAAAGGUUGCAGUCAAGGAAGACACAAAGUCACCAUCAUACUGGCUGGAGGAAGCUGGUGGGCGGACCGUGAGUAUAACGGAGUGUGAAGGAGUGGCCACACAUCAAUACUGCAAGACAUUGACAUUAACAGGAACCAGAGCCAAUGACACGGGGUACUACCGCUGCUAUUACCACUUCUUUGAAUCGAUUGUUGAUGAGGUAACAGCAGUCAGCAUUUACGUCUUUGUGAAAGAUCCCCAGAACCCCUUCCUCAACACCUCGCCCAAUGGGACCCAACAGUUUCACAUUUUGACCGUGAACAGCCCGUUGGUCACUGUGCCUUGCUUGGUGUCCAUCCCGUCCCUCAACGUCACUCUGCGGGAGGGAUUUACCAAUUCUGUCAUCUACCCAGAUGGAACCAACGUGAUAUGGAACAAUAGAAAGGGGAUGACUGUUCCCAAAACCAGGCUUGAAAACUUGUUUCACAUAACUUGUGAAUCUGUCAUUGGUGACAGAGUCUUCUCAGCCACACCCUACAUCAUCAACGUCAUAGGACGGCAGAUUUAUAAGAUCACACUGAGCCCUGAUCGCCCAGAACUGGUCGUCGGAGAGAGGCUCGUUCUCAACUGCACCGUCAACGGGGAGUUCAAUGUGGUCGGUAACUUCCAGUGGGAGUACCCGGGGAAAACGUUGCACAGGGGCGACCAGCAAGUGGUGAUCACCGACCGUAAACGGCAACUGGACAGUGGCUCGGAACUGAGCAGCACCCUGAUCAUCAGCAAUGUGUCCACCGCCGAUCGAGGCACCUAUGUUUGCAAGAUGGAUAACAGCUUCAGCGUUGAGGAGAAGAGGGCCGAGGUCAUUGUGUAUGAGAAUCCGUUUAUCCAUCUGGAUUAUGAGGAGAAGCCGGUGAUCGAGGCGAGGCUGGGACAGAAGAACGUGCGGCUGACGGUGCAGGUCCGAGCUCAUCCCUGGCCUGAGAUCCACUGGAUCAAAGACGGGAAGCCGGUCAGGAACUGGCCGACUGCGCCGAGCCUGAGGAUCGAGGAGGUGUCCGAGCAGGAUGCGGGGGUCUACACCAUUAUCGCCCGGAACCCGAGGGCCAAGCUGGAGAGUCAGCUACAGCUGCGGCUCAUCGUCAACGUCCCACCGCAGAUCCAUGAGAAGGAAGUGGCUUCUCCAACCAACAUCUACCCCCGUGGGAGCCGGCAGACGCUGACGUGUACCGUGUAUGGGAUCCCCACGCCUACACGAGUGCUGUGGUACUGGAGGCCCUGGGGACCAUGUGGACCGAACUCCUACCGCAGUCUAGGUCGUCGCGCCGCCAUGGGGCGCCACCCUCGGGACCGGACCCCCGACUGCCAGGACUGGAGGAACAUCUCAGCUGGGACCAUGAUCAACAAGAUCGAGAGCAUUGAGAGCAGCACUGAGGUUCUGGAGGGGAGGAACAAGACAGUCAGCAAGCUGGUCAUCCUGGCCGCCAACAUCUCUGUCAUGUACAAGUGUUCUGCAUUCAACAAGGUCGGGCACGAUGACCGCGUCAUCUACUUCUACGUGACAAGUAUCCCGGAGGGAUUCGGAAUCGACCUGCAGCCUUCGGAGAGCCCAGUGGAAGGGCAGAGCGUGCAGAUGCGAUGCAGUGCGGAUAAUUACACCUACGAGAACCUGCAGUGGUACCGGCUGCUGCCCAGCGCCCUGGAGGGGGAGCUGGGAGACCCUCCCGUGCUCGAGUGCAAGAACAUGCACAUGUACGCCAGGAAGCUGCGGGGCGUGGAGACAGUGGACCCACAACACAAGGGCCUGGCUCUCGAGCUACAGAUCAGCAGCAUCACGCUGAAGGACGAGGGUGAUUAUGUGUGUGAGGUGCAGAACAAGAAAACCGGCGAGAAGCAUUGCCACCGGAAAUACGUCCUAGUGAGGGCUCAGGAGAGCCCAAGUCUGCUUGAGAACCUGACCGACCUGUCAGUCAAUGUCAGUGAUUCCAUCCAGAUGAGGUGCCGUGUCAGUGGCACUCCCCUUCCCACCAUCGUCUGGUUCAAGGAUGAGAAGACACUCCACGAGCUCUCAGGGGUAGUCCUCGCCGAGCACAACCAGAGCCUGACCAUCCAGCGGGCGCAGGAGAAUGACUCAGGCCUGUACCGCUGCAUUGCCUGCAACUCCAAGGGCUGCGUCAACUCCAGCGCAUUCAUCUCCGUCGAAGGCGGUGACGACAGAUCGAACAUCGAGGUUGUGAUCCUGGUUGGGACUGGAGUAAUCGCCGUCUUCUUCUGGGUUCUGCUCAUCCUCAUCUUCUGUAAUGUCAAGCGGGUAAGAUUCCUGGGGACCAGUCCAGCCGAUAUCAAAACGGGAUACCUAUCCAUAAUCAUGGAUCCAGACGAGAUCCCGUUGGACGAGCAGAGUGAGUACCUGCCCUACGAUUCCAGCAAGUGGGAGUUCCCUCGGGACAGGCUGCGACUAGGAAAAACCCUGGGUCAUGGCGCCUUUGGGAAGGUUGUGGAGGCCUCGGCGUUCGGCAUUGACAAGAGCAGCAGCUGCAGGACCGUGGCCGUGAAGAUGUUGAAAGAUGGAGCCACAGCCAAUGAGCACAAGGCACUGAUGUCUGAACUCAAGAUUCUCAUCCACAUCGGAAACCACCUCAAUGUCGUCAAUCUCCUGGGAGCCUGCACCAAAGCAAACGGUCCGCUGAUGGUAAUUGUGGAAUACUGCAAGUACGGAAACCUCUCCAACUACCUGAGGAACAAGCGAGAGGACUUCAUCCCCUGCAGGGAGCGGGUGCUGAAGGUGAGGAGUCAGGUGAUUUCUAUGGUGGAGGUGGUAAAGGGAUUGGAGAACAGGAGUCGAGGUAGCUCGGGCGAGAGUCCAGUCUGUAUUCGGACGGCCAUGGAGAGAAUGCUCAGUCACCCGAAGGCCUUGAUGGAAGUCGAUGACCUGUGGCAGUGCCCCCUGACUCUCGUCGACCUGAUCUGCUACAGUUUCCAAGUGGCUCGAGGGAUGGAGUUCCUGGCCUCGAGGAAGUGUAUUCACAGAGACCUGGCAGCUCGGAACAUCCUCCUCUCUGAAAACAACGUGGUGAAGAUCUGUGACUUUGGACUUGCGAGAGACAUCUACAAGGAUCCUGACUACGUGAGAAAGGGCAAUGCUCGUCUCCCGCUGAAGUGGAUGGCUCCGGAGAGCAUCUUCGAUAAAGUCUACACCACCCAGAGCGACGUGUGGUCAUUCGGAGUUCUCCUCUGGGAGAUCUUCUCCCUAGGUGUCUCUCCCUAUCCCGGAGUCCAGAUCAAUGAGGAAUUCUGCCAACGGUUGAGGGAGGGAACCAGGAUGCGGGCUCCAGAAUACGCAACAGAAGAAAUUUAUCGGAUCAUGCUGAACUGUUGGCAAGGAGAACCAAAGGACAGGCCAACCUUCUCCGACCUGGUGGAGCUCCUCGGAGACCUGCUGCAAGCUAACGUCCAGCAGGAUGGGAAGGAUUACAUCCCCCUCAGUAUGUUACAGGCCACGGAAGGAGAUCUGGCCAUUUCCCAUCUUCAUUCAUCCUUGGCUCGUGGGGACGCUGAGGUGUCUGAAUCGAGGAUACGAAGUGGCAGUAUCGGACCACGAUACUAUAACUGUGUCUCUUUGCCGGGAUUUACAACCGAGGGGAAUCAGAUCAAGUUUGCAACAAGGGUGAAAACGUUUGAAGAUAUCCCAAUGGAGCAGGCUGGGAACCCCAUGCAAAAUGACAACCAGACAGACAGCGGGAUGGUGCUGGCACCAGAGGAGCUUGAGAAGCUGGAGGGCUCACAUAAACACCAAAUGGCCUUCAGUAAAGCCUCGAGUCGAGUCUGCAGACAGCCUGACCGGUGCCGGUGUGGAUCAGCCUGGUGUCCCGGAGCCACAGGGCUGACCGUUCACGGCAGUGACUGCGGACACCUAUCGCAGGUGGGCUGGGAGCGCGAGGAGCGGGGCAGCUUGUCCGCGGAGCCCACCUUCCUGGACACCAGCUCCCCCUUCUAGGACUCGUCUCCCACGGGUGAACUCCGCAGGAACCCGGCUCAAUGCAACACUCUGCCGUUGCUGCAGCGAAUUCCUGCCCCCUCUCAGCCACUCUUCCUCGGGAUCUGCUGUGGUGACUCAACGCCGGCACUGCAGGGUAGAAUUCCAGCGUCUCCCGAGGUUCCAAACCCUCUGCCUGAAAACCAGCCGGAUUCAGUUCCAGUCAUUCCACUGGCUGGUAUCUGUAACUAGCUUGUAACCUAUGCUGGCGAAUGUUAGCUUCCCCCAAAAACAAGUUGGUCAUUAACACUUGAUUCAAAGAGUCCUUUUGAAAGUUUUGGUUAGGUUUAUAGCUUUUCUUCCGAAGUCUCAACAUUCUUAAAGUUCAUUCAGAAUCCAGGAGUUUUUAAAAAGUUUGAACCUUUAAAGUUGCUUCUGAGCAGUGCUUCAUACUGGGAUGAGGAGUGAGAUUGUUCAGUCUCAUGUGGAGAAGGUUUUGGUGAGAAGGUCAGUGUUUGACCAGCAAUGUCUGUCCCACUUCAACAGCAGACAGCUGUCACCCCUUUCCCUCUGGGAAGGUUCAAGGGGAUUCUUUCCUGGAGCACUGUUGAGGUCAGAUCCCUAUGGAGAUCUCCCUCUCUCUAUCUCUUACAUCAUUCUCUAUUCCACCUCAGUCAGUGUACCUGAGCUGCCCAGUAACCCGAUGAAAGCAAGCCCUUGACCAUCUCGGAAACCUGCCAUGAAGAGGAAGGUGUUUCCACACCACUGCCAGUGAGUUCACAAACCAAUGAGUGUGGUCGUUUCUAUGCUUUAAGAAAAACAGCAACCAAUCACUGUGCAAGGGGUUCCGCCAAACUGCAAGGUGAUGUUGAGCAGAUUGUCAGUGUGGCGAUGCUGGCCGAGGAACUGGUGUUGGUCGGACACUGGGAGAAGCUCCUUCCUCACCCCCGGCCAUUCUCCACGCUCUGGACUUGCCCCACUGUCCGGGCCCUGCACCUGUCUUCUAGACCGUGCUGCAGUCUACCUCCUCCCCGCCAGAAAGUGCCUGCCGGCCUCCAGACAACACCUCUGUCCAGCCACACCCUCCAGACAGCACCUCUGUCCAGCCACACCCUCCAGACAGCACCUCUGUCCAGCCACACCCUCCAGACAGCACCUCUGUCCAGCCACACCCUCCAGACAGCACCUCUGUCCAGCCACACCCUCCAGACAGCACCUCUGUCCAGCCACACCCUCCAGACAGCACCUCUGUCCAGCCACACCCUCCAGACAGCACCUCUGUCCAGCCACACCCUCCAGACAGAAACCCUGUCUUGUCGAUCUCCUGCCAACACUCACAGUGUUUGGAAUGAAUGGAUCCUCAAGAAGUGACCUGCGGAUAUUCCCACUCUCCACCCUGCCCUUUCACCGUUAGAGACCAGGAGACCUCCCAGCCCUCUUCCAGUGGGCGGACUAACCCUGGUGGGUGUGAAGGGGAGGGGACAAUGAAGAUCUGGCACAUUUUAAACUAAUCAGAUUUUCACCUUUUGGUUACCUUUUGGACUCUGAAUUCUACUGAUUUUGCUGACUGAGAUAUUUUGAUGCUUCGAAACUGACACUGUUGUUGUUGACUCUGGGCAGGUGCCUGCCCUGUGGAGGUACAUGAUACUCUGAGAUAUCAUUAAUUAUUCAUUAUUCUGUCCCUACACCACGUCCACCGAGGUAACGUGAGCCAAGCCAUUCCACAGAAUUAACACUGAGCCACGGGAGUCACGGGCCAGGGGAAGAGAAGCUGGUUGGGGAGGCGGCUUUCAAGGAGAUUGUUAAAGGUGGAGAGAGUUGGAGAGGUGUCAAGGGGCAGCGAGGGAUGAACAGGAGGCCAAAGUUUAGAACAGAAGUCCUGAGGGUGGUAGGGAUGGUCACAGUGAUGGGGGAUUCAAGGCAAUAGAUCCCUGACGGAUCACAGUGGCUGCUGCUCUGGCCUCCACCAACGUUCCCUCUUCUACCAGGGGCUCACACUUCCACAGCUAGUGCUCCCCACCCCCCCCCCCCACCCACCAGUCCCCACUCCCUUACCCUCCCACACAGGGAGUUAUUUGACUAUGGUGGGUGCGUCCCAACCAAGCCUGAACGUGCAGUGACUCCCUGGAGAGUUCUCUGUUAACUCAGCGCAGACCCUUAGUUGGAAGCAAUGCCUUGGAGUUAAUCUUGACUUUGGAUCAGGGUGCAACAGCCUGGGGCAAGCCUCCCUGGCUUCAAUCCCUCCCGGAUUCUGUUCCCAAAGAGUUGGGCAAAUUGUUACCAAAAAGGGUGGCAAAUUUGUCAGAACAGGGUGCUGGGCUGUGGUAAAGGUGCAGGAAAGUGGGACUGGGUGAGAGCUCUGUCAAAGCGCUAGUACAGGUACAGUGGGUUGAAUGGUCUUGUACUGUGCAGUUCCAUUCCAUCAUGUCAUAAUUGCCUUCAAGGGUAAGAUUAAGGUCAGGCUCUGUUGAAUUAAGGAGGAAUUACCUGAGUCAUUUUAAUAAUUUAAAACCCGUCUGGCUAUUAUAUAAUAAUACACAGAGACUGUCAGAAAACCCAGAGCCAGAGCCAAAUGAACAGAGCAGCAUUGGGAGCAGUCUCACGUUGACAGUGAUUGGCCUUUCCCUGUUUAAAAGGAAAAAGGUUUCUAAAAACAGAAAAAAAAAUACCAAACCCAUCCCAAUGCCCAAAAUUCCAUCACCAAUCCCAACACUCCACCCAGAUCCCAGCUCCUGAAUAAACAAAAUCCCACCCCUAUUCCAACUCUGGCCCUUAAAAUCCCAGUUCCUCCCAAAGUCCCUGCCUCCAAAACCCUAACACUAACCCAAAACCCCAGCCUACAGAGUCCCGUCCCAUGCCAAUGCUCCAUCUCCAAAAUUCCACCUCCCCUAAUGCACAUUAUUAUUAAACUGGAAAAAGUGCAUAAAACACUUACCAGAGUGUUCCUGGACUCGGGGGCCUGAGUUACAAGGAGAGGUUGCGUAGACGAGGACUUUAUUCCCUGGAACGUAGGAGAUUGAGGGUGACCUGAUAGAGGUGUUUAAGAUCAUGCGGGGCAUAGACAGGGUGAAAGCACACAGUCCUUUUCCCCAGGGAGGGGGAGCUAAAAAGAGGAGGGCAGAGGUUUACGAUCAGAGGCGAGAGAUUUAAAAGGGACAUCAGGGGCAGCUUCUUCACACAAAGGGUGGUGCGUAUUUGGAAUGAGCUGCCAGAAAUAGUGGUUGAGGCGGGCACAUUUAAAAGCCACCUAGAUAAGUACAUGGAUAGGAGAGGUUUAAAGGGCUAUGGGCCAAACAUGGGCAGAUGGGACCGGCUCACUGGGCAACACAGUCGGCAUGGACGAGUUGGGCCAAAGAAAUUGUUUCCUGUAUGACUGUGACACCAUUGCCCAAAAUACUAUCCCAUACCAAUGCUUCAUUCUAAAACCUCAACCUCCCCAUCCCAACAUGUCCUACAAAAGAACCCAGUGCUCUAUCCCCAAACCCCACUCACCCCACCUCUCCCCAGUGUAUCCUACAUCCUGAACUCAGUCAGUGCCCCUGGGUCAGUGGUGUUGUGGCCUCAGUCAGUGCCCCUGGGUCAGAGGUGUUGUGGCCUCAGUCAGUGCCUAACCUUCCUCCUGUGUCCAGUCACUGCUCUGGGCUCUACUGAGACCUUCAUACUUUGGGCCCUCGUGUGUUUUAAUGAAUGAUCUUCCAUUUGUUGGACUGUUCCUAAUGUUCACCUUGAUCAUUGAAUUGCUGCUGACUUACUUAAUGAUAUCUCCUGGUCGUUAUCACAUACCCCCACGUAGAAACUGGAAAUGUUACUGGGGAGGGGUUUGCUGUCAAUGUGUACUCUGUAACUUGUAAAGAUGUGACAGUGUAAGGGGCUACGGAGGUAACAUUCACAGCUGGAACUGCAGUGUGACACCCCCCCCAAACCCCUGAGACCAACUCCCGCUCCGGACCAUACAGCAGACACCCCGACAUCCCAGUGGACAGAUGCCUCUCCCUGGAUUUCGGGCCCAUGGAAUGCCUCCAAACUCUUGAGACUCCUCCCUCCCCUCGGACUCCCCUCCAUCUAAGGGACUACCCCUCCCCCUCAACACUUUGUCCCCCAAACUAAGGUGCUACCCCACUCAGUCUCUCCGAGGAACCACUCCCCUCCCCGGUCUCCUCACUCUCCUCGACCAGAGGGACUAUCAACUGUGAGCAGUGUGCCGCUGGGAUCAGAUUUAACCCUUUCACCACCCACCGAUCUCUCCCCUGGACUCACAGCAAGCGCUGAGAAUGUUACCUCCAUCUUCAACAUGUUACUUGGUAUGAAGCCACGCGUGUUUAUUGUGUUUAUGAAUUCUGCAUAGCCAUUGGCUGCACCUGAUUGUUUACAGUUCCAUUAAUAAUAAUGGGGAUAUAAAUAGUCACAGAUCAUUGUAGGUGGAGGGGAGGGAGGGGACGGUAUUUCAUUUAUAGAGGGAAUUGCUAAAAUUACACUAAGAUUUUAUCUACAUUUAACGAUUUUGCAGCAUAGUAAACAUUCUCUGUAUGUGUGAUAUUGUACAUAGCAUAUUGUGGGUGGCUGGAUAUGGAACAUGUAUAACACAGAAAUAAAACACAGCUUUGGAUUGUGAAGCUCCA